GAGGUAACCAGAGCCCCGGGAGUCACUGUGAGAAAGAGAGAGCACUGGAAAAUUAGUGAAGAUAUUCUACAGUAGAUCACAAAUCAUUACAAGGCUUUGUGCAGAAAUGGCGACUAUUGCAGGAAAUCUGAGGAUUGUCCUCCUGGGUAAAACUGGUUCAGGAAAGAGCGCAACAGGAAACACCAUCCUGGGCAGAGAUGCAUUUUUGGAGGACUUCAAUCCAGAAUCAGUUACUCGAGAUUGUGAGAGACAAGACACAAGAAAAGGCUCAAGGACCGUCAGUGUAAUUGACACUCCUGGGGUUUUUGACACAUGGAUGGGUGAAAAGCGUGGUAUGAAAUCAGACAAAGUGACUGAUGAAACACUGAAGGCUAAAAUAGAGAGGUGUCUGGAGAUGUCUGCUCCUGGUCCUCAUGUGUUCCUGCUGGUCAUCAGACUAGAUCAGAGAUACACAGAUGAAGAGAAGAACACAGUCAAAUGGGUUCAGCUGAACUUUGGAGAAGCAGCGUCACGCUACAUCUUUACUCUCUUCACUCAUGCCGAUUAUUUGAGGAAAAAAACACUGAAGGAUCAUAUAGAAGAGAAUGAAGAUCUACGACAGUUUAUUAUCAGUUGUGCUGGCAAAUAUCACUCAUUUAACAAUGAAAACAGAGCAAAUCAGGCUCAGGUCACAGAACUGCUGGAAAAGAUAGAUAAAAUGGUGGAGAAAAAUAAAGGAAAAUACUACACUCAUGCCAUGUAUAGACAUACCCAGAGAAAAGUCAUCUGGGAAAAAUUAACCAAUGUCUUAUACAGUAAUGUUAGAAUAAUAUUAGCAUUCAUAGUAGCAUUAGUCACAGUAGUAGUAGCAAUCGGUCAUGUUAUUAAAAAGAAAUCACAAUUUGGUGUUGAAAACCAUUAAAAGCUUCUUACUUGUUAUUCAAAUAAGAUGUAUUUGCUUCACAGAUGUGCCAGUUUUAGGAAGACUGACAUUGUCAUAUGAAAUUAGGGUCUUACUGCAAGAGUAAAAAAAUGUGUUUUAAUAACACUGUUAACUACUCCACUGAAGGUUUUUGUUAUCAAUUAAAAAAUCUGAAUUUCUUACUGCAAAAUUUUAAAACAAAGUUUUACAACAGAAAUAUUAAUUGAUUUAUUUAUUGAUUAUUUUGUGUUUAUUUUGAAGAAACAAGCAAAUUAUGGCAAUGCACAAAGAACAUGUUUAUCACAUUUAAACAAAUGCACAUAUUCUGGAAAAAAAUGAAAGACAUUUUAAAAAAUUAACAAAUAAUUGCAUUGACAAAUGCUGUAAUUUGAAUGAAUGUUUGAAAAUGGUCAUUG